GAAGCUGUGCCCGCUGCCCCGCGGCGGGGCCGCCGCGCUGCCCGUCAACACCACCCUGGCCGAGGUGGUCAAGCUCUACCGGUCUGGCACGGCAGGGGCUGCCAAGGCGGGGGAGGCAGAGCAGGCCCAGGGGACUGGCCUGUUCUCCCCGCUGGUGCUCGGAGGAACCUGCCAGAAGCAUCCGAGCCGGCUGGUGCAGCUCUACUGCCGCAUGUGCCGGCAGGCUGGCUGCGGGCAGUGCGUCUCCGAGGACCACCAAGGCAUCUUCCACUCAGUCAACCUCAUAGACACGGUGUACCAGGAGGAAAAAUUAACCUUCUUCAGCAGUUUGAAAAAAAUGAGAAUAAUAAAUGAGAAGCUGAUGAAUGAAAUCUCAAGUCAACCGAAUGAUACGGAAAUGUUGCUGAGCAGUGAUGCAGAGAUAAUUGCACUGGAAUUUGGAGAAAUUUUCAAAACUCUGGAAAUGAAGAAACAGCAAUUGCUAGAAGACGUUGAAAAUCAAAGAAGUAAGAAAGAGAAAGAAUUUCAGAUUUGGAAGAAAAUGAAGGAGACGCACAAGAAGACCAUUGAGAAUUUUUUGAAGGAUUGUGAAAAGCUUGUCCAUGAGUGUGAUCCUCAGCGUUUCCUGGAGGUGGCCUGUGGCUUGAAUACAAGAAUGAAAACUCAGCUUGACCUGAUGAAUAUAGCAUCCAGCUACGAAAAACCACCAGAGUAUACCCAAAAGAAGAUGGAUAUCAAACCUGUGGUUAAUGAAAUCUUGGCUUUGAAGUUAAUGCCUGUUAAUGUAGGCAUUGUUAAAGAUCUACCAUCUGGAGGAAAUGAGAACUCAGCAAAAAAUACUCUAUUUAAAAAUAACAUAAAGGAAUGGCAGGACCAGAGGCAUAUACCCAACGUAUUUCUUCCUGUAGCAGGACAGGAGGAAGCACUAGCAGAUGGUAGCAGGAUUUCUACUCGCUUAAUGUCAAUAUCAGAAAUGUCAGCAUUUCAAAACAUGAGUCAUGAGGAGUUACGUUACAAAUACUAUAUGGAACGUCAGAAGUUCACCGAUCAUUUCAAGACAAAAACUUUACCUGCAAAUAAAAAGUAUAAACUUGUAACUGCUGAGGCUUUGAAGGGUAGGUCCUCAGGAACUCUUUUUGUAUCUUCACCUACUAAAGCAAAUAACUCAAAUAAAAUAAAAAUGGGAACCCUGCAUAGAGCAGAUGGCUCUGAGAGAAGCUUUUCUGGAACCAGUAAUCACAGUAUCCCAUCCACAAAUGUGAACUUCUCUGAAACAAAUGAUGACUUAAGAUUACUUCAUGAGAGAAGUUCCCAGGAAGUAACUACUCCAGCCUUAUCAGAAAACUCUAAAGAUUUAGUAGUUAAAGAAAAAUUGCCAAUGCAGUCAUCAGCAGUUACUGUUUCCAGUGAAAUGGAUGCAAAUUCUACUACAACUGGCUUAAAACCAGCAACAUCAGUAGCUGUUACUGUUUCAAAUUCAGAAUUUCUAGAUGUUUCUGCAGAGAGACUUUCUGCUUCACCUUUUGCUUUCAGUGCAUGUAACAACUCAUUACCCAGAUUUAUUAAAGGUACAGGUACAUUUUCCUUUAAAAAGAAAGACAGGAAAUAUGUUUUCCCUCAGUUUUAUCUAGGAAAAUGUGAUCACGCAGAUAAAACCGAUGACCAGGAUGAAAGCAAAUUUAGAAAACAUGGUCCUCUAAUCAAAGCCACAGUUUCUGAUGCUUCAACCAGUCCUAAUUUAGACUCAGCAGAAAGCAAGAAGCCAGAUUUUUUGUUUCCCUUUAGCAAUUCAGAAAGAGAUUGUUGUAUAGGAUCUGGAGUCAGCAAUUCAUUUAAGGUUUUGCCAUUAUCCUCACUUUUUAGCCAAUCUGAGAAGCCAUCUGACAAAAACACAUCAUUUCCCAUGAGAGAAAAAACACUUUUUGCAACGGAAGCUGCAGAAUAUGGUAUGCAGAAACCAGCUGUCUCAUGGGAACAAAAAGCUAAUGCCUCAGAAUCCAUCACAACUGUAGCUUGCAGUACUUCGGAAACCAGCACUGCACCUGGAGUGAAUGGUGUCUCUGAGUCCCCCCUUCUCCCCACUAACUGUGUAUUUUCCUUCAAAAAUACCAGUUUUCAGUUGCCUUCACCAGUGUUUUCCUUUGGAAAUAUUGUCAGAAAUACCUCUGAUUUGCUGACUUCCUCAGUGGUUUUGUCUGGAAAUGGUAUUGAAAAAACAGAAAAAGAGAAGAUGAAAUCUUCAAACAAAACACCUCUAAAUCUAGGGAAGCCUGUAUCUUCAGAGCUUACAGAGCCUGUUUCUAGACACAGUAAUCCAAAAUGUGAAGGUUCAUUCUUUCCUAUGAACUCAUCUAAGAAAACUGAAAGUGCGGAAAUGCUUGCCGAUAGUAAUUCUUGUAGUCAGCCUCUAUGCUCAGUUGUCCUUCCUGUUAAAUACGAGAAUGCAUCUUCCACUCAAGUUAUUGCAGCAACAAAACAAGAAACAAAGGUAAAAGAUGAAGAAAGUGAAGCUGUUGCUGAAAACAACUGUUCCUGUUCUAGGAAGGAAGGUGAACCUGAGUCUGUAGAGCUUCAGAAUGCAGCUUGUUCUGUUCCUGGCACAUGCAACGAUCCAUCAUUAGGAGGUUCUGUGCUUACGGUAGAUGAGGCAGGAGGAAUGCCAAGUGAUAGCGAUUCUGACACUGAAGAGCUAAGUCAAACAUCCAUCUCUACUGAUACCAGCAGUGCAUCAGAAUAUUUUUCUGUUGCCGAAGACAAAAUAUCUACUAGGAGAAAAUCAGAGACAUGAAAAGAAAGUUAAAUGGAAGAUAACGAUACUUAAAUAAUCUGGAAUUAAAUAAAUGCUACUUAACACAUUAAAAAGUGGGAUACCUGUGAUUGUACAGCUGUUGUUCUCCCUGGUUCUUGCCAGUUGAGGUAUCUCUGUGUUAGAAACAUAACUGCUUAUCAGCAGGUAUAGUGUACUAAAGUGAUUUUUAUCAACUGAAAAAACAACCAAAAAUGUUAUGUCUGUUAAAGACUCAAGUAUGACCAUAUAUGCUGUACCUUUAAGGGUGCAGACCUUCUGUGAAGUGUCACUAGGGUGCGUGUUCAUGGUGGAGGACCCAGGUGUCCCAUCAAGGAGGUUCAUCGAAGCCUCAGCAACAGGAAGCAGUGUUGUUUUUCUGGUACAGAAGCACCUGCACUAGGGUUAAGUCAGUAGGAGAGUACAGACAGUAACAUCCACUGCAUGGUCAGGCAGGGAGGGAGGAGAGCUAUGGGGAAAAUAAAAGAUGGUGAAGGGCAUUACUGAAAAUCCUUUUGCGUAUCUCCCUUUGGCUGUUUUGUUUUUCCAGUAUGUAUUUAAUGUAUAUUGAAGGUGCAACUUCUAGUGUAAUUUCAAUAACUCUCUUAUGCUUUCGAAAUCGAAACACCACAUCAGUGUUCUUGUCAUACAUUGCAGAAGGGUGUCAGCUACACUUCUGAAAUGCUGCCUUUAUGAAAAGUAACCGUCACAAUUAAUUUUCAGUUCCUGUUGGCAACAGUUUGGGAUUCAGUGGACGGAUACUAACCUGCUGUUUGGCUGAAAGCAUUAGGAGAAUCUAGCUUUUAAAACAAAAAAAUCUCUUUUAAAUAUUUGUAUAAGGACAGGAAAAAAGAAUGGCCCUUCUUGCUGUAUUAAUGAUCCAGAACUCACUGAAUUUUUAGUCUGUGAAACAGGAUACAAAGUGAAGAUAAAAAUACCAUCUUUUCUAAUUAUUAACUGUUUUGUUGCAUACAAGAGAUAAUUAUGCUUUAGCUAUUAGAAUAUGCAGAUGGUAGUAUUAUUUGAGAUUAAAGCUCUAUUUCGUUUAAUGUUCAUUUUCCAGCAAGACCUGGUGCCAGAUUUUAAAUAAAUUAAUCCUGCAUUAAGUAGCUAUGUCAACGGGCAAGUAUUAGACCAGAAUGCAGAAUGCUUAAUAUGCCUUCAGAAUUUUUCACUGGCAACUAGGUAGUAAUCUUCUUAAUAAA